GGUGUGAGGUUGACACCAUCAACAUCAACAAAUGGUGGAGCUGACGCAGUAACACUCCUCUACCAUGCUCGACUUCUUCGCCGUCAUCACCAAAGGAGGGCUGGUGCUCUGGUAUUUCCAAGAUGCUGCACAACAACUCAAGACCUCCAUUGACGCCAUUAAUGCUCUUAUCAGGAAUGUUGUGUUGCAGGAGCGAGGAGGAACUGGAUUAUAUGUCCAUGGGAACUUAGCACUCAAACAACAUUUAGAUAAUGAGUUUGACUUGCUGUUUGUGGCUGUUUAUCAAAAUAUAUUACAAUUGUCGUAUGUCGACAAAUUCCUUUCUGAUGUUCAGCGGGAAUUUCGUGAACGCUACCGAGAUCAACUCAAACAGGGCUUAUACUAUCAGAGCUUUGACUUUGCGCAAGAAUAUGGACAACUUCUCCGUAUAGCUGAGGUGGAGUCGAGGAUGGUGAAGGAGGAGCUGAAGAAGCCAAGAAGCUUCAUGGAGUCAAGCAAGUCAAAGAAAACAGUAGACUCCAUGAUCAAGCAGCGCGGUGGAGAGCAACCAAAGAAGCCCAUCAAGAAGAAGGAGGGUAAAGGCAAGAAGAAAGACAAUGAAUUCAAUAACAACAGUAAGUAAAUCCAUUUGCUGUGUGUAGAUAACUUUGUCCACCCCCUCAUGUUAAAGCUCUCUUGGAAGCAUGAUUGUAGUGCAGUAUAUCCUAAACAGAUCUCCCGUAACUUGAUGCUAGACCAAACUUGAGGUACUGUAAUUAUCAACAGUAAAAUGUUUUUGUGAUCGCAAUGAAAGUUUAUCAAAGAAGACUAUUAUUGUAGAGACUUGCAGCUGCCUCACUUUAAAGGUCAAAUCCAAACCUACUUUUAUUUGGUGUUAUACUAGAUGAUAUUCUUAAAAUUGUCAAAACAUGAAACAAUGUCUUUAGUAUAGCUUUAGUGUAGAACCUGAUUUU